CCCCUAGUGGACCAGCAGCCGGCUAGCCGCUCUGCUAAUGAUCCAGGCAAAGCUACACGAUGGAGGCAGCCGUGGUGGCAACGGCAGCCGCAGCCUCGCUGUCAGCGGCGGGCUACUAUUCCUUGGGCGCUCUGUCGGAUGGCCGUUUUUGGUUCCCGCCUCCGAAGUCAGCAAUCUGCCGCGAAAGCGCCGCGGCCGCCGAUCUCGAGAUUCCCGCCCAAUCUUCUUUUGGGGCAUAUUCGGUGGAGCGGCGGCAGCGGGAAAGCGUGCGAAUGCAGUGCGCGCGCGGAGACCUCUCCUCCGUCAGCGGUGUCAUCACCGCGCCAAUCUCGUUUGACCUGCUGCGGCAGUCAACGGCGGGGAGCUAUUCMCCGUCUCCCGCCAUUUUUCGACCGUUUUCGACCAUCGAGCGUCGACGUCGAAGAUUUUCUUUUUCGCCUUCUCCCGCCAUUUUUUCAAUUUCUCUCGCCAUUUCCCCACCGCCGCCUCCCAGCGUCGAACGACGACGUCGCAGCUUUUCUAGCUCUCCCGCCGUUUUUCAAUUUCAACCCUCUGCUCCCGCCGUCGAAUGUCGGAGGCGAAGCCGAAGCGGCAAAGCCCGGCCGAGCUACGGACAUGAUAAAAGGCGGCGUAGUGUCUGCUGGGCCGGCAAUCUCGCCGCUCCUGUUCUACAGGACAGAAGACGGCGAGAGGGCAACCAGCAUUCUAUUAUUAGUAAUAGUAAUGUUACUACGGGUAGUAGUAGAGGGAGUGCAGGCAACAGACGAGGGAGUAGUAGUAGGAGGACGUGGGAUCUCGAGGGCGGCGACGUCAUCGCUGCUCCUCCGCAUUAUUGUCGUGGCUGGAGGAAUCACGAAGGGUGCAUCGUCUCCUCUGACCAGCCAUUGAUCCUCGAGAUCGGGGUCCGGAGCAACCGUACGUCCCACUCGUUGAUUGGUUGUACGUCCCGGCCGUUGAUUGGUUGUACGUCCCAGCCGUUGAUUGGUAGUACGUCCCAGGCGUUGAUUGGUAUUACGUCCGAGCCGUUGAUUGGUAGAAAAAGAGGGGGAAGAAAGGGGGAAAGGACAGGAAGAAGACUACUCGGCGAGUGUCAGUGUGUUGCCAACCAGGCAAUCAGGACAGAUUUGGGAGGAGAAGCAGAAGGAGGCGGAGGAGGAGGAGGAGGAGGAGGAGGAGAAAGAGGAGGAGGAGAAAGAGGUGGAGGAGGAGGAGGAGGAGGAGGAGGAGGAGAAAGAGGGGGUAAUACCUCAACAACACCAGACGAAAUGGAGGGCAUUACGGUAGGAUUUGUAGGAGCGGGGCAAAUGGCUGAGGCUCUGGCACGGGGCUUCAAUCGGUCAGGGCUCGUUAAAUUCGAGAAGAUGGUCCUGUCCGACGUGGCAAAAGUGCGUCUCGACCUGUUCAACUCGCUCGGAGCUACGACCUUCGCUGACGGCGGCGAUGUUGCCGAUCGCUCAGAUGUGCUGUUUGUGGCGGUUAAGCCUCAUGUCGUUAAGUCUGUCUUGACCCACUUGAGAGAUAGCAAUAAUGCCAAGAAGAAGGAGCUACCCCUGGUUGUAUCUAUUGCAGCAGGAGUGACCAUUUCCGAUCUGGAGGAGUGGGUGGGUGAGGGUGCGCGGGUAAUUCGUGUGAUGCCUAACACUCCCUGCCUUGUCGGCGAGACGGCGGCAGCAAUGAGCUUGGGAAAGCACGCGACGAAAGAGGAUGCGGAUUGCGUGAGGAGGUUGUUUGAGUCGGUCGGCAAGAUUUAUACCGUGGAGGAGAGGUUGCUCGAUGCGGUGACAGGUCUGAGUGGCAGUGGUCCCGCCUACGUUUUUGUGAUGAUUGAGGCGCUGGCCGACGGAGGGGUUAUGGCGGGCCUGCCUCGGGACAUUGCCCUGUCCCUAGCAGCUCAGACGGUACUGGGAGCGGCGAAAAUGGUGCUGGAAACGGGGAGGCACCCUGGGCAGCUGAAGGAUUCUGUUUGCUCGCCAGGGGGGACCACCAUUGCCGCUUUGCGAGAGAUGGAGAAGGGAGCGUUUCGAGGGACUGUCAUGGAAGCAGUGCUGGCGUCCGCUAGGAGAUCCAAAGAGAUGUCUGAGUCGAAAUGACUUCUUACUUUGUUGAGUCGCCGGUGCGCUGCAGGUUUAUCCAGACAAAAAAGUACAAAUCUAUUAUUGCUUGUGUAAAUGAACCCAUAAAUAAAAUUGCAAACGAGGC